AUGGGUGCUUGUCAAGUCAUGUGUGGAAGUGUCUUCAUUUUAGUAUUUAACACGGCUUCAUCAGCCUGGUCACGUUCUACAUGUUCUAUCCCAAUAUCCUCCACACUGCUCGUCACUAACCGGUUGGAAAAACAGAAAGCUAGUAGCUUGGCUGCACAUAGUGAAGGGUGGCUGUGUUCGAUUAUUACCGAAUGGUCUAACGAUCGUACAACUCCAAUUGGAUAUAUGCUUCGCCCAGUGGGAAUUUUCCUGUUGUAUUUCUGUCAGGUGGUAGAAACUUCUAACAAUAAAAUGCAUCUUGGUUGUGAGCUCGCUGAAAAUAUUUAUCUAUACAUUUUUACCUGUAUAUUGGUUGUGUGA